ACAACAAAAGAGGAUCGAAAUACAUCAAACCAUCUUUGACAGCAGAAGAGAAAAGAGAAAAAGUCUCAAGAAGCAAUUCAAGGAUCCUGCAACCUGCAUUCAAUUCAUUCAAUUCAUUCAAUUCAUUCAUCCAUUCACCCCAUCCAUCCAUCCAUCCAUCCAUCCAUCCAUCCAUCCAUCCAUCCAUCCAUCCAUCCAUUCACUCAUUCACCGAAUGCAUUUUCUUUCCAUUCAUACCACCUACUCGAGUACGUACAGUGAAGAAACAAGCUUCAAGUCUACUCGAAUCCCUUCAUCCAAGGUUGAUCUAUCAUUCGUUUGCUCCGUGUAAAUACACUCUUGGUACUGUUGAUUGCACAUUUUCUUAUCCCCUCCAAAACAACUCACUCUUUCAACUGUCUUUCUUUGCAUCCCGUCGAGUGAUUCCCACCUCUCGAAACCGACUUUCGAAAUAAUUUACCAAAAUACCUCGACAAUUCACUCCGCCAAAAUCGACAACGCUCACUUACUUACAUUUUCGCUUCAAAGAUCUCCCAUAUAUACGCUCACUACCUCCACCCAACGCCAGCGCCCACCAUUAUGUUAAGACGCUAGCUAUUUUCUUUAUCUCGCACCAAACACCCACAAAUAUCCCACUGCCGAAAUACCCCUCCAUCUACAAAUUCGAAUUGGAUGUUGGCAGAGGAAGUAAUUCUUCAACAUCUUUGUGCUGAUGGACCUGCGAACCCUCUGAAGAAUACACAAACAUUCGAUGUCAUCAAGGUCAAGAAAGGCCCAAAAACUCAUGCUUUCUGACUCACCAACUCACACUCAAUCGCCUUCCAGAGACGUCGAAUAUUUAAAAUCCAGGGAUAAUGAGGAGGAUUUACUGGAUUCAGAAUAUGAUGCCCCGGAGGAAUAUGAAGAACUCGACACAAUAGGUCUUACAGACUUUCUCGAUUUCGACCCUAAACCCACCUUGAUAUUCGAUUUUCUGCGACAUAAUGCCUUCGGAGACAGCUUGGAGGCGGUAUAUACAAACAAAGCUUUCAAAUCUAAUACUUAUCUGGCAAUCGCCAUAUCGAACUCUGAAGAGUCGGCUUCUCCAACGAAUCAUCCUGGAGAGCCUCCCUUCACAACCUUCAGAUCUCUGAUCAAGGAUUUCAUUCAAAACCAAGUCAGUGAAAGGUCUCAAGGCCAACCAUUUUCAUACAAUGGGUUCCUCUGGUCUGGAUUUACUGUUCGGAGGAGAUGGGUCUUGAUUUGUGGUAACAAGGUUGAUGAUGAGUUGCGAGAUCUCGUAUUUAGUAAUUAUCCUCACAACCAAAAGGGAUCUUUCAGCACUACAUUCUCCGACAAGACAAUUGCGGCCUUGAAAGAUGUUCAAGUAUCCAAUCUUAAUAGUCCAGCGAGUGGCGCACAAAAAGAAGAUACAAUUAUGUGUGAACUUGCCAGUAGUCCCCCAGAUUGGACCACAGAGUCUCCUGUUGUGGACUGGACCGUCGAGUGUCCUUUUGGUUAUCUCUCUGAUCACAUUACCUUCGCUCGAAGUGUCGACUGGUCUUCAACACCUUUAGGGCCAAUGAAUAGUUGGACGCCGGAGUUUCGUCAAAUUGUAAACAUGGUGAUGGCUAAUCCCCAUCCUGCUGCUAUUUUCUGGGGCGAAGAAUUAACGGUAUUAUACAAUCAAGCAUAUGCGGAGACUGUAGCUGGUCAAAAGCAUCCACAUCUGAUGGGUACAGGCGCUAGAGGGCCAUUUGCUGAAGUGUGGGAGCAGUAGGUGCAGUCUCUUUUCAAUAUUAUAUGAUCAGAUAAAAUUUGGCUUUUCACCCUGCCACUUUCUUUGAUACGCCUAAAAUCUCAUACUAACAUCUUGCAAAAGGGUCGGAGAAGUCUUCAAUGAAUGUCGACGGACAGGGAGGGGACUCGCAAUGGCAGAUCAGAUGUAAGGACAGCACAUACUAUCAACAAUCCCCCUAUUGAACUAAAUCCUCGCUCUUGACUUUGUUAUUUUCACAUCCUACCUUCAUUUUGUUGUGGGUAACGAAAAUUCUGAGAGCCAUGUUUCAAGCACAUCUUCGUGUAUUUCCUUCAAACACUCUAUUCUUGGCAUAUUUGUGACAUCUUCAAAGUCUAACACUACUUGCUACCUUUAGCCCACCAUACGGUAGCUUGAUUUAUAAUUACACACUGACCUCCGCAUCAUUAGGUUGCCCUUACAGCGUCGGGGGUUCGUCGAGGAGACGUUUUAUGUAAGUAACGCCAUUUAAUUAUCACCGCUUGGACCCAGGUAUUUCAAAAAACACGCUUCUUAUUUAAGAGCCCUAUUUUUGCCCCGUUCCCAAGCUUCUUCAUCAAAGUAUCCCACUAACCCCCAUGGUUUUCCGCAGUCUUGGACCUUAACUCCGAUAUGGAACGCCAGCAGCACCCCUGAACUUCUAGGUGUUUACAACGCCCCUUUUGAGACAACUGAAAAGGUGGUCAGCAAUCGCAGGAUGAAAACACUUCUGAAAGUCAGUGAAGAAACAGCCCUUGCUCAAUCUGUGCCUGAUUUCUGGCAAUUGAUCCUCGGUGGCCUUGUGGAGAACGAAUAUGACUUCCCAUUUGUUUUACUUUACUCAGUGCUCGACGACGUCGAAAAUGAUGCGACAUCCUCCCGAGGUUCUAUUUCUUCAGAUAGUUCUACAAGUAUCAAAUCUGUUAUUCUAGAAGGCUCGUUGGGUGUUCCCGAGGGACACAUAUCAGCUCAAAGUAGACUUGAUCUGAAAAGACAUCUAGGAGGAUACGUGCCAGCGUUGAGAGAAGCCAUGAAAACACGCCAGCCAACUUUACUGUCACUUUCGAGUAGUGUGCUCCCAGUUGAUCUGACGCGAGGAUACAACUGGAGAGGAUGUGGCGAGCCGUCACGAGAAGCUGUGGUAUUGCCAUUGAGACCAACCAAUGCUGAAAGUACUUUGGGGUUUCUGGUAAUUGGAGUGAACCCCCGGAGACCGUAUGACGCCAACUACGAAUCAUUUGUUAAAAUAUUGAACAGACAAUUGGCGAACUCCUUAGCUUCAGUCACACUUUUCCAGGACGAGAUUCGACGUGGUACUGAUGCUGCGGAAAUUGCUGCUGCCGAGCGUAUAAAAUUAUCUGAAGAGUUGGCUUUUCAAAAAAGUCGACUCCAACGUAUCGCUGAAGUUUCGCCAGUGGGAAUGUUCUCGGUUGAUUCUGAUGGCAUACUACUCGAAGCUAAUGAUCGUUAUUACGAGAUUACGAAUCUUCCCCGCGAUACUGCCGCUAAAUUGUCUUGGAUGGAUACGAUUGCUCCAUCUAGCAUCCCCACAAUGAUGAAGGGUUGGGAGAAACUCACCAUUCGUAAUCAGCCGUGGUCUGGUGAACUGCAACUCGUCAAGCCAUGGUACGAUCCUGUGACGGGCGAUGAGUUUGAUAAUUGGAUUUUGGCGAGUUAUCAGCAUGAAUUUUCUCCAGAUGGAAGCAUCAAAAGCAUAAUGGGAUACUGUACGGAUAUCACACUUCAAAAAAGGUUUGCCAGAGAAAUGGAGGAUCGCGCAGAGCUCUCUGAACAACUUUUACUUCGCACCAAUCAAGCUAACGAAAUUGAACGAAACUUCAGACGAUUCAGUGAUCUUGCUCCUGGUGGCCUAGCGAUUCUGGAUCCUGAAGGUAGACUAACUUACGCAAAUGAGCAGUGGUUUCAGACUUCAGGCCUGCCAAAUAAUGAAGCACUACCUGGAAGGCCCUUCUCAUGGAUGGCUGCAAUAGAUGAGCUAGACCAACCAAAGUUUAGGUCGCAAUGGCUAUCGUUGAUCAAAAACACUACUCCUUUCGUGACAGAAACACGUAUGAAACAACCAUGGAUUGGAGAUAUUGCCGGAACUACACUCACGAUCCAGCGCUGGGUUUUAGGUACAUUCUCAGCAGAGAAUGACGAACAUGGGAAAUUGAAGAAUGUGAUGGGCUGUAAGUCAUGUUUAUUUCCAAUCUCUCUCUUGUCAUGUAAAGAAUCAGCACAAGAAAUAUCUCGUUCGCAUACAGCUACAUGAUAGGUUAAAGAGAACAGCUUUGUUCACCCCUAGCAUUUAUAAUGGUGGCUCACUGACAUAAAAAAGGCUGUACAGAUAUCUCAAGGAUCAAGUGGGCGGAGGACCUUCAAGAUCGAAGGUUGAAAGACUAUGAAGAAACAAGAAGGCAGCAAAACUCGUUUAUUGACAUAACAAGUCAUGAGAUGCGCAAUCCACUCAGCGCUAUUGUCCAAUGUGCAGAUGGCAUCUCAUCAUCCUUAAAACAAUACAAAUCUGCAAAGGAAAAUCUAGAUGAGGAGAUCUUGACUAUUAUCAAGGACGGUAUAGAUGCCGCCGAAACGAUUCAACUUUGUGCUCAGCACCAAAAGUCAAUCGUCGAUGACGUUUUGACGAUUUCCAAAUUAGAUUCAAACCUUCUUGUGAUCACACCAGUCUCUACCAAGCCCGUAGAGGUGGUGAAGCUCGGGCUAAAGAUGUUCGCAGGGGAAUGUCAAAUGAAUACCAUAUGUCUCAACCUAGAUAUCAAACAGUCCUUCCGAGAUUUGAAAGUUGACAGUGUCAUGCUCGAUUCCAGCAGGUUGACUCAAGUCUUAAUCAACCUCAUGACGAACGCUAUCAAAUUUACCAAGAACGAGAAAAGACGCGAAAUCCAUGUGUCCAUCAGUGCUUCCCCGGAACCACCUCUAUUCGAGUCAUUAGCUGAUUUCGAAUACUUUCCGUCUCCUACCAGACUUGCAAAAGCCAACGUCACCGCUAGUGAGGAAUGGGGAAGAGGCCAAAUCAUCUACCUUCGAUUCGAAGUAAGAGAUACAGGUUGUGGAUUAACGCCUGCCGAAAAGAAAAAUCUGUUUACUCGUUUCUCUCAAGCAUCACCUCGAACUCAUGUACACUACGGAGGAUCCGGCCUUGGACUAUUUAUAUCGCGCCAACUUAUAGAGUUACAAGGGGGAGAAAUCGGUGUGGCGUCGGAAUAUGGAGUUGGGAGUACCUUUGCUUUUUACAUCAAGUGCCGUCGUGCAUUGAAUCGAGCAAAUACUAUGGAUAUUGAAUCGCAGAUGCACUCAGACCUAGAAGCAAACGGGAGAUUAGCAACGAAUGUUCCAAAAAGCAUCAAAGACCAUGAAGAAAAGAUGCUGAAUCAGCUCUUAGACUUGAAGGAGAAGGGAAGAUUACCUACUAAUCGUAACUCGUUUGAAUUCGAAGAGGAGGAUAGUCAACAUUUAAAACCGACUAAGAAUCCGGAUUUCCUAUCGCCUAGUUCGUGGAGUGUAUUGAUUGUGGAGGAUAAUUUGGUUAACCAGAAAGUUCUGGCGGCGCAGAUGAAGAGGUUGGGAUGCAAGGUCCACGUAGCGAAUCAUGGGAAGGAGGCCAUUGAGUUUGUGAAAAAGACUGAUUUUUGGUUUGGUGACACGUCGAAUUCCGUGCACGGGUUUGUGGCACCUGAGGUAAGACUUUCCUUCUCCGCAUCUCUCUCUCUCUCUCCGUGUUUUCCGCAUCCUAACAUCUAGCGCACAGAACACCUCUGUUUCAGCCCGAAGUCAAGAACCUCUAGAACCACACCAGCAAUUACAAUCUAAUUCUUCAUCACACAAACUCCCCAUCCCACUAACCCUUAUCCUUCUCGACAUAGAAAUGCCCGUUAUGGACGGUCUUACUUGCGCCCGAGAAUUGCGCAGAAUGGAACAGACAGGGGAACUGAAGGGACAUGUACCAGUUGUAGCGGUAACGGCUAAUGCGAGAGCGGAGCAGAUUCAGCAGGCGUUGGAAGCGGGUAUGGAUGAGGUUAUGACGAAACCUUUUAGAAUUACGGAGUUGGUGCCAGUUAUUGAGGGGGUUUUGGUGAGAGUCGGGGGUAGAGGAAAAAGAGAGCGAGGGAUGGGAUGAGGGAAGAUGAGGAAUGUGCAUAAAAUAAGGCAGUGGGAGAGGAAGAGGAAGAAAAGCGGUGUGAAGUUGGGUAGGACGCGGAGCUGCGAACAGAGUUGGUCAAGGGGAAGUGGAAAUGGGUCAUGAAAAUCAAGAUGACCUAAAAGUAUCUCAAAAGGAGUCAGGCGGGUCAAGAAAGAAGGAAAGAUGGAUUACAGAACAAAAAACCCGAAAAAAAUGAAUAGGGAACAUCAGAGGAUGAACCUAUCAAGCAAAGCACGCACAGUACAAUACGAUAAGAUAUCCUAAUGAAAUAUAUGGGAAGGAAGUGCGGACGGAAUUCUUUACUUUUAGUUUCACAUUUACGGCAUUGCAUUGCAUGGUACAUAGCGAUGGAUUGGAUAUGGAUAUUGAUGAUUGAUUGGUUUAUUGGUUUAUAAUAAUACCCAUUUUUGCAUUUUUGCAAUGCAUGUAUGUAUGUAACGAAUUGGAUUGAAAGGUGGGUUUAUAAAGUGAAAGGAAGGAAGGAGAUAGCAAGUGAAUAAAUAAAAGUAUAUAAGAUGUAUGAGCAUAUGGAUUGGAUUUGUUAAAUGAGUUUUAUUUAUUGAGUUUUUUUGUUGUGCGUGGGUGACUGUA